CUAUACGUUAUCAACUGGCAUACUCGAUAUAUCUGAUGCUUCCUAAUUCCUCAGAAAUGCAUUUGGAUACUAUUUCCAAUGGUAACACUAUGCAACACACUCUCGAUUGUGAUUUGAACCAACGCCAGAAGCGACGAUGCACUGCUGCUGCUGGACUGGAUGAAACUGGCCGGAAUCAAACAGACUUUGUCCAGUCUGCCAUGACCGACACUUCGGCUGAAACCAUCAAUUCUUCCACUAAAACACUCCCUACACCUCACAUGGAUUUGGAUUCACAAUCUUCAGUUCAUGACAGUCACUAUCCACUUCACAAAGAAAUUUCUUUUCCUGCUGCUGAUGUUAAAAUUUCUGCAUACCAUACAGAAUGGCAAACUACCAUCAGCAGUGUUCUUCCUGCGCUGGUUAGCAUUCGCUUUUCCCAGGUCGCAGCAUUUGACACUGAAGGUCCAUUGACUUCAGAAGCUACCGGAUUUGUUGUAGACGCUAAAUUGGGCUUGAUAUUAACCAAUCGGCAUGUGGCCUGCUCAGGUCCGUUUUUGGGAGAAGCAAUUUGGCAUGAUCAUGAAGAAGUGGAUGUAUUUCCGGUUUAUAGAGAUCCUGUUCAUGAUUUUGGGUUUCUAAAGUUUAAUCCAACAGAAAUUCGGUACAUGGGUGUUAAAGAAAUUGAACUAGCCCCUGAUUUGGCACAGGUUGGCCUCGAGAUCCGAGUUGUUGGUAACGAUGCAGGAGAAAAGCUUAGUAUUUUAUCUGGAUCCAUUUCCCGUCUUGACAGGAACGCACCAUUUUAUGGAGAUAUGACUUACAAUGACUUUAAUACAUUUUACCUUCAAGCCGCUUCAAGUACUUCAGGUGGCUCAUCAGGCUCUCCUGUUCUAAAUCUGCAAGGAAAAGCUGUAGGACUUCAAGCUGGUGGACAUACCAAGGCAGCGACUGAUUUUUUCUUUCCAUUAGAUCGUGUUAAACGAGCUUUGGAACUGCUUCGUAAUGAUCAGAUUAUUCCUCGGGGAACAAUUCAGGUUCAGUUUUUACAUCGUCCAUUUGAUGAAGUUCGGCGACUUGGGCUUUGUAAAGAAACAGAGGAAACUGUUAGAAAACUGGAUCCAAAGGAAAUUGGAAUGCUGGUAGCCGAUGUUGUUGUUCCAAAAGGACCUGGUUUUGGAAUGCUGGAUGAGGGCGAUGUUUUGAUUACCGUGAAUGGUCAAGUCAUUACUAAAUUUGUGCCUUUAGAAGACAUUCUUGACAACAGUGUUGGAAAAAGUGUACACAUCAAAGUGGAACGUGGCGGAGAGGAGCUCGAGUUUGAUAUUCCUGUUCAGGACUUACACAGCAUUACUCCUGAUCGAUAUGUUGAGAUUGGAGGCGCAAAAUUAAACAAUCUCUCGUAUCAACUUGCUCGCCAAUACUGUGUUCCUGUGAGUGGUGUUUUUCUUUCCGAGCCAGCAGGAAUGCUACGCUUAACCGGAGCACCAGAUGCUGGAUGGAUUAUCACCACCGUAGAUACUAUUCCCACACCAGAUCUGGAUUCACUGAUUGCAGUCUUUCAAAAAAUUCCCGAUCGAAAACGUAUUCCCGUCACCUAUUACAGUAUUGCGGAUGUGCAUAGUCUUUCCGUAGGAAUCAUCAAUGUUGAUCGGCAUUGGUCAUCGUUUAGAUUGGCUGUGCGAAAUGACAAAACGGGUUUAUGGGACUUUACACAACUUGGAGAUCCUAUAGCGCCAAUUGCGAUUGAGCCUAUGAAUGCUACUUUCCAGCAGUUGGACGAAAGCCUUGGUCCUGCGCAGCAUCUCUUUCAAUCCAUGGUAAAAGUAAACAUGUCUAUUCCUUGUCGUAUUGACGGAUUUCCAAAAUCUAGGAAACAAGGCGCAGGAUUGAUUUUAGAUAGCAAACGAGGACUUGUAGUUGUUGCUCGUAACAUUGUUCCAUUUGCUAUGGGAGAUGUUACACUCACCUUCUCCGACUCUAUAAUCAUUCCUGGUAAAAUCGAGUUUCUUCAUCCGACACAAAACAUAUCCAUUGUUUCAUAUGAUCCACGGCUGAUUGGCACAACUCCAGUAAAAAGCGCGCCUAUUAGUUCGGUAUCUCUUGCUCAAGGCCAUCGUGUUACUCUGGUUGCUUUUAAUCAUAAUCAGCAUCCUAUUUGUAUUGAAACAACCGUGACAGAUAUUAGUCCCGCUACAAUUCCAAUCAAUGCUAUUCCUCGCUUUCGAGCAAUCAACUUUGAUUCAAUUAGUCUAGACACGCCACUUGCACAUCAAUGCUCUUCAGGAGUACUUGCAGAUGCAGAAGGUCGAGUGCAGGGACUAUGGCUGAGUUUUCUAGGCGAAAGGACUUCCUCUGGCGGCGACAAUGAGUAUCACCUUGGCCUAGAUAUUCGGUUUAUUAUUGAUACUAUUCUUCCAAGCUUGCAAAAGGGUGUCAAGCCUCGUUUAAAUGGUCUUUCUGCCGAAUUUGUUCCAAUUCAAAUCUCUCAGUCUCGUAAUAUGGGAGUUACUGACGAAUGGGUCAAAAGAAUUGAAAAGGCAAAUCCCAAACGACGACAAAUUUUCAUGGUAAAAAAAACUGAGACUGGAAUGAAAACUGGGCAGGUACUCAAGGAUCUUGAUCUUGUGUUGGCCAUUUCUGGCAAAGUGGUGACGCUUGUAAGCGAAUUGGAUGUACGCGAAGAUUGGGGCGAGUUUAUUCAAAUGACUGUUAUGAGAAACAAGAUUGAGAUGCAGCUUACUGUUCCUACAGACGAAAUGGAUGGCGAUAGUACGCAUCAUGUUGUGAUAUGGGGCGGCGCAAUUCUUCAGGAACCCCACAAGGCUGUUUUGCAACAAUCCAAAACUACUCCGUCGCGAGUGUAUGUCACUGGUCGUGCACAAGGAUCUCCAGCAUACACAUAUGGUCUUACACCCACUGAAUGGCUUACUCAUGUCAACAACAAGCCUACACCCACUCUUAAAGAAUUUGUAGCAGCAGUCAAAGAUUUGCCUGACAAUUCAUAUGUGCGUGUCAAGACAGUUACAUUUGAUUUGAUCCCUUGGGUCAUAAGCGUCAAAGUUGUUAAACAUUACUGGCCAACAAUUGAAAUGGUGCGUGACGUUACAGAGACUACUGGAUGGCGUAAAAUCGAAGGAGUGUAGUUUUUAGUAUUGUGCUGAACAAAUGAAACCAGUAUUUGAAAUUGCUG